AUGGAUGUCUACAAUCAGUUUGUUAAUCCUACUACCUCUUUGUUGAGUUUGUACUGCAAUUUUGUUUCAAAAGAUGAAGAUAAUCUAAUUGUGUCCAAGGGAAAUUUAAUUCAAGUCUUCAAAAUCGUUGAUGUUAGCUCAAAAUUUGAUUCGAUAAAGGAUGAAAAAAUUGAUUUAUCAGGAUACCAUGCCAUAAGUGAAGAGAAUUACAAAUUGAUUUUGGUUACGGAAUAUACUCUGAAUGGUGUCAUUUUAGAUAUGCAUAGAUUCAGGACCACCGGUGAAAAUGUAGACUAUUUACUCAUAUCAACUGAACCUGCCAAAAUCUCUCUUGUUAAAUGGAAUCCUGCAGACUUUACUGUAAGUGUAGUGAGCUUGCACUAUUAUGAGACAGUUUUGAAUUCUCUACUUAUGGAAAAGUUGAAAGAUUCAGUUGUUUCGCAUAGAACUGAUCCAAAUUUUGGCUGCUCCAUAAUGCAAGUUGAAGACUUGGUAGUAUUUUUACCCUUCGUUCAAGUUGAUCACGACAUGGAGUUAAAUGAUGACUAUGAUCCUCUGGAAAACUCCGAUAAAACAAAUGAACUGUCAAAAAACGAUUUAUUUGAAGAGAGUUUUAUAGUUAACGCAAGUACAUUACAUCACGGCCUGAAAAAUAUAAUCGAUAUUCAGUUUCUAAAUUCAUACAGAAGCCCAACGCUGGCCAUUUUAUAUGCACCGGAUUCAGAAACCUGGGCAGGCUACUUGCCAAAGAGAAAGGACAAUCUAAAGUUGAUAGUGUUAUCACUCCAUUUGAAAGAAAAAUCUGCAAAUGUUAUUAUCGAAAUUAACAGCCUACCUUAUGAUCUUUAUCGGAUAGUUCCACUUGACGAUCCGAUCAAUGGAUUAUUGAUUGUUGGUGCAAAUGAAAUAAUCCAUAUUAAUUCUUUGGGGUCCCCCAAGGGUAUAUAUGUGAACGAAUUUUAUUGUUUAAGCAGUUCUUUUCCUUUGAAAAGCCAACAGGAACUUAACCUGUUUUUAGAACAUUCUGCAGUUGCACAAGUUGGAAAAAAUGAAGUAUUAUUAGUAACAAAAGAUGGGGAAUUUUACACUUUGAUAUUCGAUGAAAUUGGAGGCGUUUCUAAUCUCAACAGAAUUGUUUCAAAUAGUCCAUCAAAUUAUGCAGAUAUCAGCGUCAACUCAAUUUUGAGUAUUGAAACUAUACCUCAUAAGAACAUGGUUUUUAUGUGCUCCCGGGGGAGUGACUCUGUGCUUGUAAAAUGGGAAUACCGGUUGCAGCCCACUACUUCAAGCGACAAUCAUGAUGGCGAUGAAAUAGUAGAUACUGAUGACGAUUUCUGGUUGUACAAUGAUAAUGGGGCACAAAAUAAUGAUGAAUUAAGCACUUCUUUGACUAACUGUAAAUUCACAAUGAUUGAUGCAUUAAUAAAUACUGGUCCUUUGUCCGAUUUUACGUUUGGGUACUCUUCAACUGAAAAAAAGUUACAUGGUCUUACAAAUCCAAAUUAUAAGGAAUGUGCAAUAUAUGGUACCUCAGGGCUAGGAAAAUCAGGCUCCGUUUCGAUAAUCACACCAACUGCUAAACCACUGAUCAAGUCUUCCCUAAAAUUCUCUCAUGCUAGCAAAAUUUGGACAAUUAACAGCCACGACGGAGAGACCAAAUAUUUGAUUAUCACUGACCAAAAGAUGUCUACAACCCAAAUUUUUGAGGUUUCCAAGGACUACCAAGAAUAUAAAACAAAGGCUUUUAGAGGGAAACACUUUUCAGUUCAAUUUGGCUCUAUCAGUAUCAAUGAAAAAAUAAGACCUGUUCAAAUUAUAGCCCAUGAAGUCCUUAUUUACAAUUUAUCCUUUGGUUUUAUCUGCUCACUAAAAGUAGAGAAGGAAGUAAACCUCUCUAUAAUAUAUGAUAAUUAUAUUGUUUUACUAAUGAAAACCGGCGAAAUUGAAAUUCUUGAAUAUGACGACAAUUCCAAAGAAUUAGCUAGGAUGGACUUACCUGCCCUACUAAACUUUCAAAUAUUCACAAAUGCUUGGAUUACGAAAUCGGAUCUUUUGACCUGGGCUGUGCCUGCCAAAAAAAGAGAUGCUGUUGGGGAACUCGUUGAUGUAAAGAAGGAUAUACGUAACGAGGAAGUUCUAUUUUGGCUUGUGACAGCUGAUAACAGACUAUUGGUCUUCAGAAAGGAGCAUUUGGAAAAAGUAUAUGAGUUUGAAGGCAUACACAAUAUGCCUGAGUAUUUACAACUUACAGCUAUGAAUCCUAAUUAUGAAGCCGAUGUCGAUCCUAUUUUGAAGCAAUGUAUCUUUACACAGAUCGGAGAUAAAUAUGAUCGUGAGGAUUACAUGAUAAUUCUAACUUUUGGUGGUGAAGUGAUAAUGUAUCAAUUAUUUUAUGACACCCAGAAAAAAUAUUUCAAGUUCAUGAAAGCAAACGAUUUAUUUCAGUUGCCGAUAACUGGCGCUCCGGGUAAUUCCUAUUCAUUUGCUACAAAAGUUGAGAGGAACCUCUUUAAAAUUGAUGACGUUGGUGGCUCAUCUGUGAUAAUGGUCAGUGGUGCGCUACCUUUUAUUAUCUACAAACAAUAUAAUUCAGUUCCAAGAAUGUUCAAGUUUACCUCAAUGCCAUUCUUGUAUUUUGCGCCUUAUUCCACUAACAUUUGCUCUGAUGGUAUUAUUACUAUUGAUGAUAAAAAAUCAUGUAGAAUGGUGCAGUUGGACUUUGAAUACGACUACUCCAAUAAACUUCCAAUAAAGAAAUGCAAAGUUGGGGAAACCAUCGAUAAAAUUGCUUAUCAUGAAGACGCAAAUGUUUUUCUGGUUUCAACUAUAUCCACUGAAAAUUAUAAUCUUUUGGACGAAGAAGGUGAAGAUACUAUUGAUCAUAAUAGAGACCUUAAGAAGCCAGCACAAAACUACAGGGGAGCUAUAAAGCUACUAUCACCAGGGAAUUUAACUGUAAUUGACACGCUAGAUCUCGAUGAAAAUGAGGUUUGUACUGCACUGAAUGUUUCUAAUUUGAGAAUAAAUGGUACUGAAGGGAAAAGGGCUCAGAUAUUUGUCGGGACAGGAAUCUAUCAAAACGAAGAUGUUGCUACAAUGGGUGCAUAUAAAUAUUUGGAUAUUAUCAAUGUCGUUCCGGAGCCUGGUUUUCCUGAAGCCAAACACAAACUUAAGUUAUUAAGUACAGAAACAUACAAGGGGCCUAUUUUGGAUGUAUGUGAAGUCGAUGGUAGGUUUGCUGUAAUUCAAGGACAGAGGAUGUUAGUGAGGCAGUUAAAAGGAGAAAGCAAUUCCACGCCUGUUGCAUUUGUAGACACUUCUUUGUUCUCGUCCAAAGUAAAAGCGUUUGAAAACUUCAUUUUGAUUGGUGAUUCGUACCAAAGUGUAUCUCUGCAUGGAUUUGAAGCUGAGCCUUAUCGUAUGGUUUCACUGGGUAAAGAUGAACACAACAUGAAACUUAAUGAGUGUGAAUUCAUAGUACAUAAUCAAAGCAUGUUUAUAUUGGCUUCUGAUGAUAACAGAGUCCUUCAUAUUUUACAAUAUGAUCCAUAUGAUGUCAAUUCCUUAAAAGGACAUAAACUACUCAGAAGAACAGCCCUGAGAACUAACUCUUAUACAACAAAAAUGCUUCGGAAAGACAGAAGAGAGGCAUGUUUUUCAAUGGUUAACACGUUGCCUAUUAGAAAAGACGUUGAUUUAGGGUUUGAGGUUAUUGGUUGUAAUAUUGAUGGCUCAAUAUACAAAGUUUCCCCAAUCAACGAAUAUCAGUAUAGAAGACUUUAUUCCUUGCAAAACCAAAUUGCAGAUAAAGAAGCACAUUGGUUGGGUUUGAAUGCAAAAAUGAAUGCUGUUGGUGACUUACAAGACGAGAUGAAUGUUAUAAAAAGGCCGAUUAUUGAAUAUCGGUUAUUGACUAGAUUCAGUAGCAUGGCCGAAGAUAAAAAAAAAAUGUUUGCUAUUAAAUUGGGUAAAGACGCUCUAGUAGAUGUAUACCGGGAUAUGAUAUCUUUACAAUAG